AUGUUAGUUCACACCAAAGCGCUGAAUCCAAUCGUCAAUCACAAUAGUUCACCGAGUUCUGGUUGGCAGAAUCGAUGGAACCUCGCCAGGAGAGCGUUCGUCGAUAACCUGCUGAGCCGGGUAACUAACUCAUUAUCAGCCGACUUACGAAGGCGUACAGCCAGGCACCUCAUGUAUGGUAACUCAAGACCUUUUUUCGCACUUGUUGGAAUAAGUUUAGCUUCUGGUAAUGGUCUGAUAACAAAUGAAAAUCAGUUGGAAGGCGUUUGCUGGGAAAUCCGAGAAGCAGUUGGUCGCAUGCAAAAGAACCUAACAGUUGCUGAACGCUUGAAUUUAAAUUCAUCUUUGGGCUUGAAACAGUUUGAAUUAGGAUCUGUUAUUGCUAAGGGGAAUAAUGCUGUUGUAUACGAAGCAAGAAAAAUUGAAGAGGAUACAUAUCCUAGUAAUGUAUUUCUGAAACAAGAGUCAUCAUAUAAAAAGUAUCCUUUGGCUGUGAAAAUGAUGUUUAAUUAUGAUGCUGAAAGUAAUGCCAUGUCAAUAUUACGUGCCAUGAGCAGAGAAACAGUUCCAUCUCGUUCUGUUCAACAUAAUUUUUCUAAAACAGAUCAGCAAUGGCUUAUUGGUUAUGAUCAUAAUUUGAUUAAAUUAUCACCACAUCCAAAUAUUGUUAUGAUGCAUUUGUGCUUUGCGGACUAUAUACCAGAGUUGAUUGAUUCACAUACAUUAUAUCCUCAAGCUCUACCAACUAGAAUAAAUCCAGAAGGUUAUGGUCGAAACAUGAAUCUAUUUCUGGUGAUGAAAAAAUAUGACAUGAGUUUGAAGCAAUAUUUAUCUAAAUCGCCAUCACUGAAAAUUAGAGAUAAAAUACUUCUGCUUGCUCAAUUAUUGGAAGCUGUUUCUCAUUUGUCAAAUCAAAAUGUGGCACAUAGGGAUUUGAAAACUGAUAAUAUCUUAUUAGAUGUCUCUGAAGGUAAUGAUGUAUGUCCAGCAUUAGUCAUUACAGAUUUUGGCUGUUGUCUUGCUGAUAAAGAUAAUGGACUUAAUCUACCAUAUAAAACUUCUGACACUGAUCGUGGAGGAAAUAUAGCAUUGAUGGCACCAGAAGUUGUCACUGCUCGACCAGGAACAUUUGGACAUAUCGAUUAUUCAAAAGCAGAUGUAUGGGCAGUUGGUGCAAUGGCAUAUGAAAUAUUUACUGGUAGUAAUCCAUUUUAUAGUUAUGAAAGAGGUAAACCUCCAUUAUUGCGCAAUUCUACAUACAAGGAAGAAGAUCUUCCUGCACUUAAUAGUGACAUACCAUUAGUUAUACAAACAUUAAUUCGCUCAUUACUGCAAAGAUCAACGUCUAAGAGAUUAGAUGCUUCAUUUGCUGCUACAGUUUGUCAGAUAUAUCUUUGGGCGCCAUCGUCGUGGAUUACAAAAUAUGUGAUGCCAACUAGUAACGAGGUGUUGCAAUGGAUGUUGUGUUUAACAACAAAAGUGUUAUGUGAAGGAGGAACAAUGAUGUCAACUUUAAACACUAAACAACGCACAUGUACAGAAUAUCAAUUAAUCACUACAUUUUUGCAUAGAGCAAAAUUACAUGAAAUAAAAAAUGCGUUGUACUGGAUGCAAUCUAUACAACAAGAAUAAUAUUUUUAAGCUAUUUUAGUUAUUAUACUAAUAAAUGGGUUUUGGUAUUAGUCGUGUGUACAAUCUUUGAUAAAAACUAUUUUAUAAUAAUAUGUUUUAUCCCGUAUUGAAAUGUCCAAAUUAUAAAAAAAAAAAUUGAAAUAUUAAUUUAUUUUAUUGUAAUAAAUUAUUUGUAUGUGAUACUUAUUACAGAUGGAUUUUAAUAAUUAAUUAUGUGAUUCAUUUGAUUUGAUUGUUGAGUUUGUAGUAUUUUAAGUGAUUUAUUAAAAAAAAUAUUUAUUUUAUUAUUAUAUACAAA